CCAUCGGCCGGUGUCAUCUCGUCUGUUCCGUGGCGCUCGUCCUUGGAUUUCGAUUGGCUUGAUCAUGGCCGACAUCGGCACGCUGUUUUCGCUCGGCACGCCCGCCAUUCUUGCGGCUACGGCCGCGGUUGGUGCUGUCAGUGCCGCCGUGUACGGAUGGACGACCAUGCAAAAAGCAAAGGCCCGAAAGGAGUAUCUCAGCAUGGUAUCUCGUCGGAAAGCCGAUCGCUAUGGCGUUGUUCAGCAGCAGAGCUCGGCACGCAACGGUGUCAGUCGGUCCUCGCGAACCAGUCGUCAGCCUCCGCUGGAUUUCAUCAACGAGGGCAACUCAUCCUUCCGAUUCCGACACGGCGUUGACGACGGGCGAACCACCAAACUUCAGCCCAACCCGCCCCCGAACCAGCCUGUUGAUUCUCAAUACAAACCACAGGUCGCCCGCCCCAACCCGAAAGUGGAAUACCGAGACCGCAUCCGAUAUCCGGCAGAGCCCGCGGAACAGCAGCCUGAGCCCCGUCAUACGCUGCGUCCAGCGGAUCGACACCCCGGCAACGACAACGAACAAUCCCCCUUCAGCAAACGCCGCAUCCUCCUGGAAGACGAGGAUGACCCUGGAUACAUUUUCAUCGACGGCGAGCGAGUGCCAAUGACCGCCAUUAACCGCAUCGACUACAGCCUCCCCUUCCCUGCCACAAAACGACAGAGGCGCGCCGAUGAUCUUGAUGAUAUGAGGGUCCACGUCGAUAUGAAGCCUCGGGAGGCUCCUUUGACCAUCUCCAAACCUCAGCGCGAGUAUGUUCCUCAGGCUGCGACAUCGGCCCCGGCUCCAAAGGCAGAGGCUGAGACGGAGCGGCCCAUUCCAAACCUGCCCCGCCAUCUCUCGCGGCCUUCCGAACAGCCGCGCGUUCGAGUCUCAGUCACUCGCGAAUAUGUUGGUUCGCCCCUCGCCAAGUCAGUCAUGGUCAAGCGCGACUUUUACAGUGACGAGGAGGAAGAAGAGGAGGAGCGUGAAGGCGAUGUCCAGAGCGAGCUGUUUGCCAACCCCGCAGAGUUCAGAGCCACCCCAGAGACUCGUCCUCAGCUCCAACGAGGCUCCAGCAACGAUGCUAGGAUGCCAUCUGUCCCGCCCGUGCGCUCGGCGCAGAAACCUGGCGAUCUACGCAAGCGCUUCAUGAUCGAAGAUGAUGAGGAGAAUGACGAGAACACACGAAAUGGCACGCCCAUCAAGCGCCGCAAUGUCGACCGCUCUGCGUUGGUGUCCAAAACUCCACUCCGUGUUGUCUCGCAGACACCUAUGAAGACAAAGAUCUCGUCCUCGCCCGCCAGCGGCCGUCUGAAGCUGCGACCCAGCACGCCGAAAGCCUCGACCAGCAGCCCCAGUGUCCCCAAGCAGUCGGCCCUGAAGCGGCUUCUGACCGACGAUGAGACCAACCGCAUUCUUGCCAAGGCCCUGGAAAUUGCUGCUGCCAACACAAGCGAGACUGGCGAGAGCCGACGCGAAGUCCGGCUUGAUCUGGAGGGCAUCAAGCGGUCUGAGCAGGUGCCCGAGAAGAUCAGGCACAAAGUUACGUUUGCGUUUGGCGAGGAGUCGACACCGUCCCCCGAGACUCUUUCGGCGGCCACGGCAACUCCUCUGUCGACUCAGGGCGAGCUUCAGUCCGCCGCUUCCUCAUCCGCCGCCACAACACCCGCAUUUUCAUUUGGCCUUCCGAGCGACAAGCCUGAGAGCGUCAAAGCUGCGGAGGAGCCUCCGAAGCCAAGCUUGUUUGCAGCCCCACCUCUGUCAAAGCCUGAUGACAAGGCUCUGACCUCUCCCGGUAGCAUCUUUGCUGCUCCCACUACCUCGUCCCCAGCCACAUCCUCUGUGUCAUUGGCUGUAGCCGAAAAGCUGAAGGAUAGUGCGCCGGUGUCCUUCAACUUCAACGCGACCACAUCGGCUGGGACGACUUCUGCAUUUGGCAGCAACGAGCCGUCAAAACCCUUCGCCUUUGGCACGACCACAACCACAGAAUCCGCCAUAGCUUUCUCAAGUGCCGCUGAGCCUCCCAAGAAACCCGAAGAGCCCAAAGCCACCGGCUUCUCGUUUGCGGGGAUUUCCUCGACACCAGAUCCCAAGCCGGCAAUCUCGAUUCCAACCAUCAGCUUCACGCCCCCGCCAGCAGCGUCGUCGGUGCCAGCGGAGAAGCCCAAGACCCCCGAGACUGCCGUCCCGACUUCAGGAUUCUCAUUUUUCACCACACCAAGCACGACCACAGCUUCGAACAGCAUUCCGGCGAGUAUCCCGGCCGCUGCCAGCGCGAGUACGCCAACCCCUUCGUUGUUUGGGUCAUUUGCUCCCCCAGCGACCACUUUGGUCCCCGUUGACUCGACCCCCGCCUCAGUUGCAAGCACUGCAGCCACCCUCCCUGCGGCUACCGCAGUGCCUGCCCAGGGAGCCUCUAUCGCUCCGACUGCAGUGCCUGCGCCUGUUGUGCCAUUGCCUACUGCGUCAACUACACCAUCCGCUGCGGGCGCGGGCCUCCCAGCGAUCGCACAGUCCUUCGGGUUCACCAAACCCUUCGAGUCUAGUGCGAGCGGCCCAGGCGCUACCCCCACUGCUACUACCCCCGCUGCCUUCGCUACUACCAUCACUACCACUGCCGCUGCGGCAGCGUCAGCGGCUCCGGCGCCUUUGAGCUUUGCUUUCGGAUCAGGAUCUCCUGCCCCAGGUGCAUUCAGCUUUGGAGCUGGCCCAACAGCGACUUUGGCGUCGACAACAGCGCCUCCUCCGACCUCGCUUUUUGGCGCGGUGACACCUGCACCGACCUUUGGUGCAAGUACCAGCGCCCCAAUCAUGUUUGGAUCCACUGCCUCGACCGGCUUUGGCUCAUCGACGACACCGGCAGCACCUACUGCUCCUGCGGCUUCUGCGCCAGCGAUUCCUGCAUUUGGAUCAACUCCUGCAGCAACCUCGGCCCCUCCUGCAUCAAGCUUUUCCUUUGGUGGCACUGCCUCAUCUGCUAGCAACUUUACGUUUGGAUCCAGCGUGCCUGCGGCGACCGCGGCCCCGGCUUCAGCACCAUCCUUUGCUCUCGGAGCUCCCAUGUCCACUGGAGCUGCUGCCGCCCCGGCCCAGACACAACCGACCGGCUUUGGCAGUGUCGGCUCGGCUCCAACUGGUGCCAGCAACCCUCCAGGCGGAUUUUCGUUUGGUGGGGCCGGCGGUGCCAUGGCAUCCUCCACCCCCGUCACUCCCGCUGCCAACUCGAGCUUUACAUUUGGAGCAGAUUCCUCGAGCAUGAACACCUCUCCGGCCACGUCCUUUGGAUUUGGAAGCCAGCCGUUGGCCUCCGCAGCUGCUCCAGCUACUGGAUUCGGCUCCUUCGGCAGCCAGCCUACAGGCAACACCGGCUUUGGUUCGUUUGGGUCCUCAAACACCUCGGCCGCGCCUGCCCCGGCAUUCGGCGCCGCUAAUCUUUUCGGGAGCGCAAACAAUGGCGCCGCAGCCAACAGCAUGGAUGCUACUCCAAGCGCUGCUCCGGCCUUUGGCGGCGCUCCUGGUGGUGCUCCUGGCGGUGCCCAGCCCUUUUCCUUUGGCUUCGGCUCGUCUGCGCCAGCAUCGGCUCCUGGCGUCUUUGGUGCUCAGGCUGCACCAGCUGCACCAGCU